UUCCAGGGUGCCGGGUAGCAUCACGUCAUCCGAACUCACGAGAUGCAUUUAUCAAGAUCCGCAUUAUACGCUUUUCGGCUCUCACUCAACCAGAGUGGCAGUGCACCAGUGUACCGUAGCGGUGGUGUAGAUCGUAAGACGGUCCGUUCAGCUCUCUUGCUAGCUACAGCGGGUCUGUCCCUCAGCUCAUUUUCUCUGAAACAAAUGCUGUCAUCCCCUGCCCAACAGCGUCGCCUUCGUAGGAUCAAUUCGAGUAUAAACUAAAGAAAACCCAGCCACGCACAGACAAGGAGAACAUAAAUUGAUAAUAAAAAAAAAAGGAUAGGAAAAAACUUUGAAUGCGCUCAAAGGAAAAAAUAUUGUACAUAGGUGUAGCAACGAGUUUUGAAAAUUAUUAGGUAUUGGUAUACGUCUCAGUGAAAAUUGGAAUCUCGAUUAUGAGACAUGAGGCGUAAACAGAAAAUGGAACAAAAACAACCUAACUGCAUAUGAUAGACAUGAUUAUUGUAAUUGUCUACACAACCAUUUCAUGAUUUGAAGGUAUCGACAAAAAAAAUUCCCCUUCGUUUUAUGAUAACGAUUUAGUCUAAUUCACAAGGAUGAGAUACUGCUGCAUAGAAUCACGUUGAAUUUCGUUUCGAAAGCGGUAUUUGAAAGAUGAGGAAAAUAUGCGAUACGAGCAAAUUUAGUUACAUCGAAUUCAGUACUUGGUUUAGGAUGCACAUGACUAUACUAGGGUACUUCUAGCUCCAAAGUAUGACUUAAAUUAACUAGACUGAAACAAGCUGUUACCAUGAAAUUGAUUAAGGAAAUUUGAUAAUCAGCAAAUUUAGUAGACUAACUGAGGCGUGGUCAGUUUAUUGGGAAAUAAACCUGAUUUCUUAUUGCGCGAAAACUGAUCGCCUUUUUGAAUGUUGUGAAUGUACAUUUAUGUUAAAAAAAAUUUCUUCAAUAUUACUAAAAAUUGUAUAAGCAUCACGAUGAAUGUGAUUAAUUAAGCAUUGGUCUGUCAUGCGAGGAUCGUCAAAUGUGCAUAAUUCUUUGGAAAAUUAAAAACAGCGAAAACAUACAAGACAA